UAAACUAUGAAUCACCCAAAGUGAAGGCAAAGAACUGAUGAAUUUACAAAAAAAACAAACAUUCACUACUCGUUUUAACUCGUAUAACUCGUGUUGUGACACACAGAACUCUGAAAUGUGGCCCAACAGCUUUUUCUUGUUCGGACAAAUCAAACUGUUUCAGCGUUAAAGCUGAAGCUGCUCUGCCUGUGUUCAGUGUGUUGAGUAAUCGAGUGAUCUACAGUUCUGAUAUGAGGAUUCAGAGGAGGAUCUCUCUCUCUCUCUCUGGGAGGGUCUGAAGCUCCACAAGUAAACACUGACUGACCGUCCUGAUGAAGAUGGACAUGGAGGUUCUUACUGAAUAGCGAGGAAAGGGUUACCAGUACACAACAGCAAAGGAGGAACUGUGUCCAUAAAGAUUGACCAUUCAAUCAUGGAACCUCCUGGAUUCAGUAGUAGUGAAGGACAGUCAAGUUGUGUCUCAAUGAAGAGUGACCGGUCCCUUCCAGAACCUCCUGGAUUCAGUAGUGGUAAAGGACAGUCAAGUUGUGUCUCAAUGAAGAGUGACCGGUCCCUUCCAGAACCUCCUGGAUUCAGUAGUGGUAAAGGACAGUCAAGUUGUGUCUCAAUGAAGAGUGACCGGUCCCUUCCAGAACCUCCUGGAUUCAGUAGUAAAGGAGGAUCAAGUUGUGGCUCAAUGAAGAGUGACCGGUCCCUUCCAGAACCUCCUGGAUUCAGUAGUAAAGGAGAAUUCUGCUGUGUGUCCAUAAAGAGGGAAAGAAAACUUUCUGAUCUAGACCAGUGCUCUUCAGAAGCAGUUCUGCAACCACAAAACACAGAUUUACUGGUAGAGGGAGAUAGAUAUCUGCAGAAGACACAAAAGGACAGGCAAAUGGUCGUGGAGAGGCACAAAACCAGCAUGAAGAAAAAGUAUGAGAGCUUAUUUGAAGGAAUUAAGACAAAAGAGAACAGAACCCUUCUGAACAGGAUUUACACUCAGCUCUACAUCAUAGAGGGAGAGAGUGAAGGGGUGAAUGAAGAACAUGAGGUUUUAAAAAUGGAGAAAACACAAAGGAAACACCUACAGGAUACUCCAAUCAACCUCCCCGAUAUCUUCAAACCUCUACAAGCUCUUGAUGAAGAAACAAAAAAAGAGAACAGUGAAGCUGGGAUGGCUGAAGGCCUCAAAGGUAAUGAAAAGCCAAAUGAUAAAGAACCAAAUGUGCCAGAUCUCAGAACAGUGCUGACUAAAGGAAUUGCUGGAAUUGGAAAAACUGUCUCUGUGCAGAAGUUCGUUCUGGAUUGGGCUGAAGGAACAGCCAAUCAGGAUGUAGAUUUCAUGUUUGUUCUUCCAUUUCGGGAGCUGAGCUUGAUUAAAGAUAAACAAUGCAGUCUUCAUGAACUUCUCUGUGUCUUCUACCCUGAACUCAGAGAUUUGGAUCCAAAGAUCUACAAAGAGCACAAAGCUGUGUUCAUAUUUGAUGGACUGGAUGAAAGCAGAAUUACAAUGAACUUUUCCAUCUGUGAGAAAGUGGCAGACAUAACCACAAUAUCAUCAGUGGGUGUGUUGAUGACCAACCUCAUCAAAGGAGACCUGCUUGCCUCUGAUCAAAUCUGGUUGACCUCACGACCAGCAGCAGCCAAUCAGAUCCCUCCUCAGUACAUCAACCGUGUGAUGGAAAUUCAGGGAUUCAGUGAUCCACAGAAGGAAGAGUACUUCAAAAAGAGGAUCAGAGACCAAGUUCAAGUCCAGAAAAUCAUCUCCCACAUUAAGAAUGUGAGGAGCCUCCACAUCAUGUGUCAUAUUCCCGUCUUCUGCUGGAUCUCAGCCACUGUUCUUCAACGAUUUAUCAAACAGCAUCACACAGAAAUCCCCAAAACUCUGACUGAAAUGUACAUCCACUUUCUGCUCACUCAGACCAACAUGAAGAAUGAGAAGUAUGAUGAGAAAUGUGAGAGAGACCCAAAGAAACAGAUGGAAUCCAACAGAUCCAUGCUUCUGAAACUGGCUGAACUGGCAUUUAAACAGCUGAUGAAUGGCAAUGUGAUGUUUUAUGAGGAGGACCUGACAGAGAUCAGCAUUGAUGUCACUGAGGCUGUGAAUUGUGGGGUCUUUACCGAGAUCUUUAGGGAGGAAUGUGUGAUUUACCAAAGAAAGGUCUACAGCUUUGUGCAUCUGAGCUUUCAGGAGUUCCUGGCUGCUGUGUAUGUGUUUCACUGCUACGAAUGCAAGAACAUGGAAGAACUGCAGAUGUUUCUACAUUGUGGUCAUCAUGAUGACACAAGUCCAUCUAUGAUACAAAAGUACAGGACUUUAUCUAAGAAGGUUUCAUUGGAUGAGCUGCUAAAGGACGCAGUAGAUAAAGCCCAAAUGAGUCAGAAUGGUCACCUGGAUCUUUUCCUCCGAUUCCUGCUGGGCAUCUCAGUGAAAUGCAAUCAGAGACUCCUAAGGGGUCUACUGACCUGCAAACACACCAGCUCGAAGAAAGUGACGCGGCAUAUCAAAAUUGUAAUACAAAGCGAUCACAUUUCAUCCGAGAGGUCCAUCAAUCUGUUUCUCUGUCUGUCAGAAAUGCAUGACCAGUCUCUCUCCAAAGAGAUUGAAGAGUAUCUAAAAUCAAAAAAAGGAAAGAAGCUCUCUCCUGGACAGUGUUCAGUACUAACCUGUAUGCUACUGAUCUCAGAGGAGGUUCUGGAAGAGCUGGACCUGAAGAACUACAACACUUCAGUGCAGGGUUAUAGGAGACUGAUCCCAGCUGUGACUGUCUGCAGAAAAGCUCUGCUAGUUGGCUGUGAUAUCUCAAUGGACUCCUGCGGUACACUGGGUUUAGUUCUACAAUCAGAAAACUGCUUGAAAGAGCUGGACCUCAGUAACAACGACCUGCAAGAUUCAGGAGUGGAGCUGCUCUCUGCUGGACUGAAGAGUUCACACUGUAAACUGCAGAUACUCAGACUGUCUGGGUGUAUGGUUACAGAGAAAGGCUGUUAUUCUCUGGCUUCAGCCCUACAUUUAAACCCUUUCCAUCUGAGAGAACUGGAUUUGGCCUAUAAUCACCCAGGAGAGUCUGGAAUGAAGCUGAUUACUGACCUGUUGAAGGACCCACACUAUAAACUGGAUACAUUCAGGAUGGAGCACGGAGGGGAGAUCAGGAUAAAGCCGGGACUGAGAAAAUAUGUCUGUGAUCUGCUUCUGGACCCGAACACAGCAAACUCCUGGCUUCUGCUGACUGAAGGGAACAGGAAGGUGAUGCGUGUCUGGAAGGAACAAUCGUAUCCGGAUCAUCCAGAAAGAUUUGAUUACUAUAAGCAGGUUCUGUGUACGAGUGGUCUGACUGGACGCUGUUACUGGGAGGCUGAGUGGGUCGGGACAGGGGCCGGUAUAGCCGUAACGUACAGAGGGAUCCCCAGGAAAGGAGACGAUAACGACUGCAUGUUUGGAUGCACUAAACAGUCCUGGUGUCUCUACUGCCAUAAUGGUAAAUACUCUCUCUGGCACAAUUACAAAAGGACUUCUUUACCUGCACCACGUUUCACAUCCCACAGUGUAGGGGUUUAUCUGGACUGGGCAGGCGGCAUACUGUCCUUCUACAGCAUCUCACCAAAAACCCUGAUGAUGAUCCAUCUACACACCAUCCACACCACGUUCACCGAGCCGCUCUACGCUGGGGUUCUGGUUAUAGAUAACUCUCCGGUGCAGUUAAAUGCUUGGGAUACAACAGGCUUCUAGGUCCUGGAAGAACACAGGAUGAACUUCCAACUAGAAUCUAGGAAAAAUAUUUCAAAGUCUUUUUUUUCUCAGUAUGAAACUUACUGCAUGCAUUAAUUACUGUAAUCAACAUAUAAUAUGAAAAUGGUUCAUCUCACAUAUUUGCAACAGCCACCCCCUGUAAAAUAAAACUAAAACAAAAUUGCAAUGUCAUAUUGUACUGCUGUGUUUUAUAUGUUGGUCUUAGUAGUGAGACAUUAAAAAAAAAAGUUUGAACAUGUAUUUUUUUAUUUUAUGAAAAAGAGUGAAUUAUCCUAGUUGAAACAUUACCUGUUACAGGUAAGGAACACCAUUGUACUAAAUAUUGAUAGAAUAAUUAGUUUCCCUCUCAUUUUGAAUUCAAGUUUCCAGUCCAACAGUAAAAUCCCAAUCUGAGGAAGAUUUUCUCGCUUUACUUCAUUUUACCUGA